AUGAAGUCUUUUAAAGAGAAAUGUGAAGAAGCUGCAGGAAAAGAUAACGCGGAGGAAUCAGAAUUGUCCUCUUCUGAUUCGGACGAUAUGGACGAAUUUUAUUUUCGUUUGUAUCACGAACCAAUUACUCGUUUUAAACGAAAGAAAAAAACAUUAAAGAGGGCGUUUUCGUAUUUAGAAAAUUAUUCCUUAAUUAAAGAAACGAUUUUCGAAGAAAACGAAUUAAAUUAUCAAUCGUCCGAAGAUGACGUCAGUUGUAACACCGAUACUGACGUCACGUCAGAAUCAUCUUCGGAAGUAAAUGACGAAAUAAAAGUAUUAGAUCAAGAAACCAAUGAAAAGAAAGAAACAAUGGAAAGAAAUAAAGAGUUAAGUGAAUCGAAAGACAUAAAAAAUGCUAAUGGAUCUACAUCCAAAAGUGAAUCGUCGGCAGACGAUGAUGACGGAGAAACAACCAAAUGUUUUGCGGUUUUCAUUGCAUUUUUCCGCAGGAUUUCUUCUAUCGUCUGUUUUGGUUUUCGAAGAAAAAAUAAAAUAUUUCCAAUAGUUUAAAUAAAUUUGUAGAAGAUCGAGCGAAUUUCAAAUUUUACUUUUCGCACAGCAGAAGUUCAGAAAUUUUUGCGUCUUCAACAUAGUUACAUUGUUGUGAAAUAGCAAUUAUUUAUUUAUUUGGUUUUUGAGUGCUGACCAUUGCACGCAACAUCAAUCCACAUGGCAACC